ACAGUACGCUGCUGUACGUCGUCCGGGCUGGCUGCGUUCCGGCGCUCUCGCUGCGUGAUAACGGCGUGCUUCAGCCGCGAGCGGUGUUAAGUCUCCUCCAGAGACCAAACAACCACCAAAGAAAUUCGUGAUCGAAUAAAUUAUAUCACUCGAAUCGAAUCAUCGUCGUGAUUGAUUUUAACGGACAGUUUUGAAGUGCGUGUCAACUUUAAGACAACCUACAAGUGCGAAAUUUCGUGACGUUUUGACAUUCUUUCAUUAUGGAAUUGUGUUUAUCGCAAAAUAUCGACGACGAUGAACAUUCCACUUAGUGUUUAACGCUGUGACUUGUUCUUAGAAUAAACUAUCGCGGAAGUCGCGGGGGUAGGAGGAAAGAAAGAUAUUCGAGUGUGUUUGGCUUUUGUUUAUAUUUCGUUUUGGAUUUGUCGCCGCAAACUGGAGUUUUUUUACGACUGCAAACUGCUUCCAAGGACGUCACAAUGAUAGAGAACAGGAAUUUAUUUGGCUUCAUCCUCGUGGUGCUGUGCUGCGUUGAAUUUACAGUAUCGACAGCAUCAAUUGAAGAGGUCAGAGCAUAUGCCGGUGACACGGUGGCAUUGCCAUGUCGUUUGCACACAUCACAGUGCGGUGACCUGCACAGCGUUAAAUGGUAUCGAGAUUCGUCGAGGAUUUAUGUCUUCAGUCAAUCCGGCAGCAUAUCGAGGGCCGAGGGCGACGCGACAGACAGAAUGACCGUGGAAUAUUCUACAUCGACGUCUGAGGCUUUCUUGAAGAUUUCUUCGUUGGAAGUAACAGACGAAGCGAGUUACAAAUGUGAAAUAACGUAUUUGGAUGUACGCGAGAACUGCGAUGUCGUUCAAAUCAUCAAGCUGACAACAUACGUUAUCCCAGAGUCUGUUCGAAUUCUCAACUCGAAGGGUGAAUCAAUGGGGAAUGCAUCAAUGUUGGGUCCUUACGAUGAAGGCACCUUUAUCGAGCUGACAUGUCAGGCACACUCUGGACGACCAACACCGAAAGUAUCCUGGUACAAUGGGACUACAAAUCUUAAAGCUCCGUAUUCCUCGCACGAGAAUGGAGAUGGUACCGGCACCGGCACGUCCAAGCUGCAAUUCACGUUAUCCCGCGGCGAUUUGAGUGCCAAAUUCGAAUGCAGGGUUGAGAGCGCCGCAAUGCCUGAGCCGAUCGUCUCCUUUAUGAGGGCCGACGUGAACGUUAAACCCACUGGCAUCGUGCUCAGCGGUGUCAACGGUCACGUGGUGCAGGGAUCGAACGUGAUGCUCAUCUGUGAUGUGAUCGGCGCGCGGCCCGCGGCAGACGUUAAGUGGCUGAACGGCAGCCAGCCCAUCACGGACCAAAAGUUUAUCCAGACGGAGCCGGAGAAAAUGCCAUUAGUGACGAAAGUAAUUCAAAACCGAGACGGAACUUUUACGACAAAAAGCAGCUUUAUAUUCCAAGCAAGCCGAUAUGAGAACGGAAAUGCUUUUCACUGCUACGCUGAAAACAGCGUGAUGAAGAACCAGCAGGAGCCGGCUCUGCAUGAGGUGCUCGCGCUCGAUGUCUAUUAUCCUCCUGUGGUCCAAGUUUCUCCACCCAACAUCACCACGUUGGAGUCUGGCAACGUCAUUAUGCUCUGCACUUACAUCUCGAACCCGAUGACGCUCUUCGGCGUCACUUGGACGAAAAACGGUCAGAACCUUACUAUCGCUAAGAACCCGAAAUACGCCGGCGGCACUAUUGAAAAUCUUCCCUUGGUGAUCCAGAAUGUGUCGAGGGAGGAUAUGGGCGAAUACUCGUGCACAUGCAAGAACGAAGUUGGCUCGACUGAGUCGGACGAAACGAUUUACCUUAACGUGGAAUAUCCGCCCAGCGUCGAGGUGAUAAUGGAUCCGCAAACACCGGUGAAGGUGCAAGAUCAGGCAAACGUGACGUUGGUCUGCUCGGUGACGUCCGGAAACCCUUCGACCUUAUUAAAAGUCAGGUGGUAUUUGGGUGGCGCUCUGUUGAAGGAGCUUCCCGACUGCGAGGAAGGCGCAUACGCGUCCGGGGAAGACGGUGAUGGUAGCGGCAGCGGCGGCGGUCAGUUUUGCGAAGUCGACCCAAGCCUAAUCAGUUUGCAGAAUGUGGUCGAGGGCAUGGCGGGUAACUAUACCUGCCAGGGCAUGAACACGGCUGGCUGGGGCCCGGAAUCCGACCCGGCCGAACUGAUCGUCUACUAUCCCCCGAAGCCAGCAAAAUUGCGAUUCACCCCGUCGAAAGUUAUCAAGACCGCUUCGGUAACGUUAGAAUGCUCGGUCGAUCAUCCUGGCCGGCCUGAAAACAUUACGUACUUGUGGUAUCGCGGCACCUACCAAGUGCCCGACGUCACCACAGCCAAUUGGACAAUCUCGCCGGUGCUGUUUGAAACCAAAAGCAAUUUCACUUGCAUUGCCUCGAAUGAAGGAGGUCGCAGCGAACCUGCGAGCAAGUUCAUCAACGUGGAAGCCCCGCCAGCGUUUAUACGCAAUUUGCCUUCGUACCAGGGUGUCCUGAUGACUUCCAAGAACAUUUCACUGACCUGCCGCGUAGAGUGUUCUCCCAUGUGCUCGGUAACUUGGUUCAAGGACGGACAACUACUCAACGUCGACGACAAUCUAUUGUAUUACAUAACCAACAAGAACCUGCCGGCUGAUGUGCGAAAAAAUGACUUCGAGUCUAUUGAGUCCACUCUGGUGUGGAACAUGACUGCGUGGCCAGGACAAAUGCUCGAUCGCACCGCACCGCUUUCCAAUUACACUUGCCAAAGUUCUAGCAAUGGCAUCGGACCCGGCGUUAAUUCGACUAUUGAGAUGGCGGUCGACUAUCCGCCUGAGAAUCUCACUGUCUCUAAGAACGUCGUCUUUGUCGUUGAAAACCACAAACCCGAAAAGGUGACUUGCAGCGGCAAGGGACAUCCAGCGCUCAGUUUCGUCUGGCGCCAAGAGGGUUCCACGGAGCCGAUUGUCAAAAGUCACAUCUUGAAUCUGGGCGCUGUGCCGCGCUCGGCUUCCGGUAAAUACAUUUGCGAAGCAUCAAACCGUCAUGGAAACGAAACAACGAACAUGUAUCUGAACGUGCAAUAUGCACCCAGCUGCACUCUCGAAACUACAGAGUUUGAGGGAGGAAUGGCCCUUGAGUGCACGGCGCACGCAAAUCCCCAAGAAGUGACCUUCACGUGGAAAAUCAAAGGGGAAAACGAUUCGGUCGAAGGAGCCACGUUAGUCCAGCAGAAUUUGAAGGGCUAUCUCAAAUUGGAUUCGAGCGUCGAUUCCUUCCGGACGUAUCAGUGCUUCGUGAAUAACUCAGUGGGGAUUAGCUCGCCUUGCGAACGAGACGUUACCGCGUACCAGGAGCAAAGUAGUCAAAUCGGAGUGCCAGGCGUUAUUCCGUGGUGGAAGCAGUUCACAAACAACAACAUCUUCCUCAUCAUCGUGAUUGUCGUUUGUCUCAUAUUCUUCGUGAUUGUUAUCUGCAUCAUCAUUUGGCUGGUCUGUCGUAGAAAACGCGCCAACAACAAAUAUACUAACGCAGUUGAAAUGGAAGAACGAGAAAAACCCGAUGGACAAUCGCCGGAUACAUCAGGUAGUAAAUGGCCGUUGAAGCCAGGCGUUUUGGUGCAUGUUAAUAAGAUGCACAGCUUGAGUCAAUUAACACCACUAGCCGGGAGCCAGUACAAGACAACAUCAGUGCCCAUCAAACCGGGACACCGCGCACCCUAUAUAAGGAGUGGAAAUAAAGUUUAUGAGAGAUUAGAGAAGCUCAAGGAGUGGCUGGGAUUGCGUCACGACCGAGACGCGCUGCCAUUUGGCGUAUAUCGCGGCUCAGCAGGAGUUGUGACGUUUAAAAAGUUUAAAGACGCCCCGAGUAGCCCCACGCAAACGGAUGUUGUUGCCGCAUCGAGGAAGAGAAAGAAACCAGGACUCCCACCGAACCCAUCCUCUACACAAGAUAAGGGGGUAUUGGGGGCUGCUCCACCGGGUGGCGGUUCAGCAGACCCCCUUACUGAUCCGGACAACGGGUUUUACGAGAACCUUCCGUUCCACGGCAUGCAGAGUCCACCGAAUAAACCGGUUUCUGUUAUUUCGCCGAUAAUACAAGGCAAUGCCAUUCCGUACUCGCCGUCCACGAAAUCGCUUAUCGCCGCCACCAGCCUGCCGUCCUAUAAUCAAAAGAAAAUCCAACGCAAUCAAUCAUUCCACGGCUUCCAAACAUAUCACAUGUAUCCGCAACCGAACUCUUUUCCCGGCUUCAAUCACUGGCCUUCUUUCUACCAUAUGCCGGCGCAUAUGCAAUUUUCCAGCCCAAAUCUGCACUUCAUGCCGCCCAUAUUUUAUAAUUUGCCGCGAAGUUUCCACCAAAGCUCGGGCGCUAAUACGGUGAGCGCCAUCAGAACGAAUCCGCAAAUAAAUCCUUUCAACUAUUACAACCGUGUGCGGAGUUUUAGCAAUUUGCCGAAUCCAUUUAGCACUGUCAACGCGAAUCCAUUUAUGAUUUCUAAUCCAUUUAAUCAGCAGGCGCGCUCAGUCGGCAGGAGCGACGUGCUUCGUCAGCCAGACAUACGGCGCACUGCCUCAGGUAUAAACCUUUCGACAGACUUAGACAAAAUUAAUAGAAACGCAAUUAACCCGCUGCGGAGCUCCGACGGCGAGGCUGUCGCAAGCCCGAACGCGAUCCCCGACAAUAAACGUUUUAAUUCGCUUGAGAUGAAAAAACACAAGUGCUAUUCGCCGACAUUCUACUCGAUGCGCUGCAAGAAGCAUGCGAAGAAACGACCGAUCAUUUAUGCCAUCCCAAAGGUGCACAAAACGGGCGAGGCGCAAGCCGCGAAUAAAUCGGCAUGUCAGCCGCCGCUGACGAAUGACAAAGAGGGGGUUUUCGAGCACCUAACUGAUAGCAUACAAAUUCUCGAACAAAACGACGACACGCAGAACUCCACCGACUCGUUAUCUAAAAAUACGUCUUGCCCCAAACACGGUCGCACUAGCUCGCUUAGCAAAAACACUGUUUCUGCGCCAGUUUUCACCAAAAACAAUAGCGUGUCGUUUCCUGCUUCCCAGGAGACGUCACCAAAUUGCAAACACGAGGACUCAAUCACCCAAGCCCUCAUUCAUAAAUCUACGCCAAAGCAAACUAAACCAGUAUCUGAAAACAAAGUCACCCCGGUUAGUCGAUCGGAAAUACCAAAAAUCAGCUCAAAUCAAUCAAAGGAAAGCAACAACACCAAAUUUUUGCCAAAGAUAAGCGAUGUCACUCCCAAAGUUAAACGGCCCACCCCUACUGUUAAGGUGAGCCCUAAUUUUAUCAAACCAAAAGUAGAAAGUCCAAAAGGUGCCCUUCAUCAACAACUUCAAGCAAAACUCAAGGCUAGCGCCGCGAAAUCAGAUCUUACCUUGAACAGUUGUACCCUUGUGCAACGGGCUCUGAGUCAAACCUCGUUGAACCAGAGCAACAGCUCCUUAAACAAACUCGACGCAAACAUUAAGAGUAGUUGUGAUUCGUUAAAUUCGGCCGCGGAGGUUGCUAAGAAAAAGUGCAAGAUAGACGAGGAAACGCGCGUUCCGGCUGCCGAUGAUGAAAUUCCUGAACUUCCCCGCUCCGCACCACCACCGCUUUCUUCCUUUAUCGAACAUGUCAACCGAGUACCAAAAAUGCCUUUAUUGGAUACACAAAAUAAAUGGAAUGCCAUUAAUCACGCAAAUAAUACUGAUAAUAACAGAAAGAAUGCUUUUUACACAUUAACAACGCCACAUCUUAAACAACUAACUCAGAAUCAUCAGCAAUACUCCGCCACGAUUCCGCAUCAAAAGCACAUGAAGCUGAUACCACGCUCGCUCUUUCAAGAUCCGCAAAUCAGCAAGAGCAAAUCGUUCACGUCCAAGUCAAAGCCGAAAAAGCACUUUCAGAUACCCCUUCAAAAAUGUCACAGUUUCAAAUUUCAAACGGCGGAAUCAUACUUCCAGCCGAUCAAAAAUAUUCACGAGGAGAAUUUGAUGCGCAACGGCUACAUAUCCGAUCUGGGUCCAAAUUACCCCGAAAGUCAUCACUCGUCGUCCCGUCAUAAACGCGACAAACAUCACCAUCAGAAAACCAACGGACCGCUGCUGCUGCGCCACCCCAACGAUUAUCAAGAGAACAUGCAGUUCCAGGAAAACGUGGCGAAUUCUGUGCAGCUACAAUAUCCACAGCCGGUGAUCACUGGGCACGGCUCGUUGCCGCGGCCUAACGGCGUCGUCUAUGCCGACCUGGAUAUGCCGCAGAAAGCAAACGGCAAAAAGUCCAAAGAUCCAAGCGGUGGUGGUACUGGCGCGCUCAAAUCGCGAGAGCACAAGGCCCCCGGCAAAGCAAAGACUGAAUACGCAACGCUUCAAUUCAACGAUGUCGGCCAGGAGAUCGACGUCUAACAAUUAGUUUUGCUACUAACAAGACUCAACGUUUAGGAUUAACUUAAUUACGAAAGCCGUACCAAACCGAAUUCAGCGACUUGGACUACGCAGACGUCGAUUAUAGAUCCUACGGCCCAAUCAACUACAAAGCCGCAUCUAUGCUGGCCGCCAUGAAGCGCAAGAACGUCCAAGGUGAACAGGAUGAUUUGCUCU